AUGUGCUCUGUGUUCAAAUCAGUCCUAACUGCUAUUCUGCUAAAAAUGAACUAUUUCUCAACCCUCGUCACUCUUUUUGUCAUUCUUGGGCUCGGCCUUGGCGAUAUGGAUCUCAGCACCUGCGCUAGAAUGGAUGAUAAUCCCGAGCUCAUGAAAGCAUCGACAGAAGCUUGUAUCGCCAAGUGCAAAUCGCAGGUAAAACCUUUUCAUCCGUUGUUUGUUAUAAAAAGUCACCUGGAUGAGAAUCAAACCUUAGCAUGGAAUGAAUCUGUAGAGGAAGAAACGGAAACUAAAAAUUGA